UUUAAUUAUUAAAAAAAAAAUUGUUUAUCGAAUUUCUCCUCUUCAAACAACUUCUUCGAUUCUCCCGUCGGAUUAAACUAAAUUAAAUCACUUUUUUUUUCGCACCAUCCGCAAUAAUUUCUUCCCCUCUCGUUGCUUUUUUUUUUCCUUCCACCAUCUGCUUUGCGUUACUUUAAUCGGUAUUUCUUCUGUAUUUUAAUCGCGAAUUCCUCCUUUUUUCUAUAUUUUGAUAAAAAAAAGAGUUGGGAUCCAUGUUGAUGAGCGCCUACAAACCCUAAUCGGAUGGAUUUGGUGCUUCUGUGGUGAGUGAUUUCGUAGAUGGAGGAGUCGGGCGGUGGAGUGGCUUCGCCGGCGGUGGCGCCGGGGGCGAACGGGGAGGUCGUUGGAGCGGCAGCUGAGGAGAAGAUGGAGCAGAAGAAUACUCCUCAGGGUGGCGGCGUGGCGGAAGCUACUAAGAAGGAGAAGCUCGGUCGGGAAGGUGAUGUUGUAGCCAUCGUCGCUUCAGCCGCAGAGGAGAGGAACGGUGGCCAGGGCGGUGGAGCGGCGGAGGUGAGUGGGGUGGCCGGUGCGGCAGCCACUGGGUUCGGCGUGGCAAGCGUAGGGGUGAGGAAGAAGAGGGGCAGGCCGAGGAAGUACGCGCCGGACGGAAGCCUGGCGCGGCCGCUGAACCCAAGGCCGCUCUCGGCGUCGGUUCCAGCGGGAGAGUACACUCCCGCGACGGCGGUCGGGGCGGUGAUGAAGCUGGGUAGAGGCUGGCCGGAGGGCGUAGGGUUCCGCGAGGCACCACAAUUCUCUUUCCAAGUAGAGUCUUCAGGCACAUUGCAAGGUGAAAUGGUAGCUUGUUCUGCUGGUGCAAAUUUCACACCUCACAUUCUUACUGUUGCAUGUGGCGAGGAUAUUACCAUGAAGAUCAUAUCCUUUUCUCAGCAGGGGCCAAAAGCUAUUUGUAUUUUAUCUGCUAAUGGGGUUGUAUCAAAUGUGACUCUUCGUCAACCUGAUUCAUUUGGUGGUACUCUGACCUACGAGGGACGCUUCCAAUUGCUUUCGUUGUCUGGAUCAUUCAUACCAUCAGAAAAUGGAGGGACAAGAAGCAGGUCUGGAGGGAUGAGUGUCUCUUUGGCAAGUGCAGAUGGUCGGGUCAUCGGCGGAGGGAUUGCUGGUUUGCUCGUAGCCGCUAGCCCCGUCCAGGUCAUGGUAGGAAGCUUUUUGCCAAGCUACCGCUUGGAGCAGAAGGUGAAAAAGAACACAAAAGUGGAGAUCGUAUCGCAACCUUUGCCCAUGCUAACCAUCCCUUUCUCCAGCAAGGAAGUGGAAGGGGAUCCUUGUGACUCAAAAGCUCACUCGAGUCCCAAAACUUCCAAAUCAAACCCUACGACUUUGUCUUUCUCCUCCUUCAAGUUAGAAAACUGGCCUGCUCCUCCUCCCUUGCAGUCUGUACCCGGCACACGCAACUCUGUAUUAGCCUAAAAUUUCCUCUCCGAAAUUUUAGAUUUUAUGUGUUGAUGUUCAUCUGUAGCUCACGGCACUGACAAUUUGUAGGCAUUAGAAUAGUUCUCAGAAAGUGUUUUGUGUGUUCUUUUCCUCUGUCUCUUGUGCUAAGUUGCAUGUAUUUGGUCUGCCAUUAGUGGAUGAAUUCUACUUGUUCCUCGCCGCAACUCUGUUUUGAGCUGCGCUAUUUAAAUAUAUCGAAUGAUGGAUUUAAGUUA